AUGGCCGCUACCAGCAGCAACAACGCCGCCACCACUACCGUCGCCCCGAUUAUUCCGCCGAAGCUUAGCCUUACUGCCACAGAGAAACAGUUGAGGGAUCUCCUGGUCGAUGUUGCCGCCUUCAUCGAUGCGGCCGGUCGCUCGCCCGAGCCGCUCGUUCUUCGAUGGGCGGGAGGAUGGGUUCGUGAUAAGCUGCUUGGCAUUGAGAGCCACGACGUCGACACCGCCAUCAAUGUCAUGACCGGCUAUGCCUUCAGUCUAGAGCUCCGUGACUACUGUGCUCAAAAUGAGCAUAUCAAGAAGCACAACAUUGGCCCUGAUGACAUGGGCAGCCUUCACAAAAUUGCUGCCAACCCCGACAAGUCUAAACAUCUCGAAACAGCCACCACACGCAUGUUUGGUCUGGACGUCGAUUUUGUCAACCUGCGCAAGGAGACAUACACCCAAGAAAGCCGCAACCCCACGAUGGAGUUUGGCACUGCAGAGGAAGAUGCUCUGCGCCGAGAUGCCACCAUUAACGCACUCUUCUACAACCUCCAUACUGGUCUGGUGGAGGACUUGACCGGUGGUCUCGCAGACAUGAAAUCUCGUCUGAUUCGCACUCCUAUGGAGCCAUUCCAGACUUUCACUGACGACCCUCUCAGAGUGUUAAGGUUGGUCCGUUUUGCCAGCCGGCUUGACUUUGCCAUAGACCCCACCGCCACUGCCGUCAUGGCCGAUGCCCGCGUCCUAGACGCUCUGAAGCUUAAGAUCAGCCGUGAGAGGGUCGGGGUUGAGAUGGAGAAGAUGCUGAGGGGCAAGCGUCCACGCUGUUCUUUGGACCUCAUCCGGACAUUGGGCUUAUACGAGGCCAUCUUUACGGAUCCGAACAGCAUCAAGCACCCACCGCCGGACCUCUCCAAGUGGCAGUUGGUCUAUGAUCUUUUUGACAGUCUCGUUUGCAAUAAAGCCCUGGGAUCCAUCUACGAUGUUCUCGUCAAGUCUGACGAGGCCGCAUACUACGCUUGGAACCUAGCCGCAGUAAUUCCAUAUUCACACGUGGAGAGGGAAAUGCCCCUACCAAAGUCCAGGGCGACUCUGCCGUUAACAACCUUGGUGGCUCGAGAAGGCAUCAAGGCCCCAAACAAGCUCUGCGAUGUCAUCACUGCUGCGUAUCGCCAUCGACCCGAUAUUGUUGCCUUGAAGCAAGCUGUUUGUGCCAAUGAGUCUGCGGCUACGGAACGAGACACUGUUGGCAUGGCAAUCCGCAAGUGGGAUGGCCAGGGGAGCCACUGGCGCGUCCAGGUUCUCUAUGCCCUGCUCGUCGAAGCCCUAGACAAGCUGCCGUCUGGCUCGGAUGCUGACAGAAUUGAUUUUCUCUCCGGUUGGCAGACGUUCUUAGAUCGUUUGGCGAAGCUGGACGUAAUGGAUGCACCGUCUUUGAAGCGCCGAGUCGACGGCCGGAUGCUGGCCAAGGAGCUCGGAGUUCGCCCAGGUAGGUGGAUGGGGCAAGCCUUGGACGUGUGUGUUGCCUGGCAACUUCGCCAUCCCGACGAGAUGGACCUGGCUGGAGCUAUUGAUGAGGUACGCCGGAGAGCCGGCGAGUUGGGGAUCCAAGGUAUAUGA